AUGCCAGUUUCAUCUCGAAUAGCGGCUCCUCUGAGCGUUAACUUCGUAACACCGCCGGCGGCACAUUUUGGUAACUACGUGUUCGUGAAGGAAGGAAGGCGCAAUGUCAACUGUGUUCAGUACUGCCAACACGUAUCACGUCGUUCAGCAGCAGGGAUGGCGCGCGCAGCAGCAGGGAUGGCGCGCGCAGCAGCAGGGAUGGUGCGCGCAGCAGCAGGGGGAAUGGCGGGCGCAGCAGCGGGCGAAUUGGCGCUCGCAGCAGCGGAAGAAGGCCUCGAUUCCGCGCUGCAGGUGGAAGAAGGCCUCGUUUCUGCGCUGCAGGCGGAAGAAGGCCUCGUUUCCGCGCUGCAGGCGGAAGAAGGCCUCGUUUCCGCGCUGCAGGCGGAAGAAGGCCUCGUUUCCGCGCUGCAGGCGGAAGAAGGCCUCGUUUCCGCGCUGCAGGCGGAAGAAGGCCUCGUUUCCGCGCUGCAGGCGGAAGAAGGCCUCGUUUCCGCGCUGCAGGCGGAAGAAGGCCUCGUUUCCGCGCUGCAGGCGGAAGAAGGCCUCGUUUCCGCGCUGCAGGCGGAAGAAGGCCUCGUUUCCGCGCUGCAGGCGGAAGAAGGCCUCGUUUCCGCGCUGCAGGCGGAAGAAGGCCUCGUUUCCGCGCUGCAGGCGGAAGAAGGCCUCGUUCCGCGCUGCAGGCGGAAGAAGGCCUCGUUUCCGCGCUGCAGGCGGAAGAAGGCCUCGUUUCCGCGCUGCAGGCGGAAGAAGGCCUCGUUUCCGCGCUGCAGGCUCGUCCCUUCCCCUCGUCCCUUCCCCUCGUCCCUUCCCCUCGUCCCUUCCCCUCGUCCCUUCCGCUCGUCCCUUCCCCUCGUCCCUUCACCCUGGUUCGUUCCCGCCGCCCUCAUUCCGCUGCUUUCAUCAUCCCCCCUUGGUGUUGCCCGUCUCGUCCUUUCCCCUUGUUCCGCCGCGCUCGUGCCAUGGCCCCCAUCCCCUUCCAGGCGUUGCAAGCAAUCUCACGCCGCUAUCGCCGCCGCCGCCACCGCCGUUGCACGGCUGUGCGCUAAUCGAAUGCGGGCGGCCAUGGGAUGGGGCGCUGCAGUGGCACCAUGGCACGGCACGGCUACGUGUUAUAGCAAGAGGGUAACGCCGUGUCGCCGCCACCCGCUUCUCCGCCAAUGA